GUCAAAACACGUCAACCGUCAAUUGUCAGUCAACGUCAACGGUAGAUAAUUUCAAGCCUACGUUCGUUUUUACAAAACACCGAUUUCUUGUUGUUUACAUAUAGUUAAGUGAUAAAAUGAUAAGGUACCGAGGAAAAAAGAAAGUUUUAGAUAAAGUAAAGGAACUAGACGCAUUUCCAAAAGUUCCCGAGGAAUAUGUAGACAGUACGUCGGUUAGCGUAACUUUCUCUGUUAUCACUUUUUUUAUUGUUGCUUGGUUAAUUUAUAGCGAAGUUACGUAUUACCUAGACAGUAAUUUAGUGUUUAAAUUUAUGCCGGACAUUGAUAUGGAUGAAAAAUUACACAUUAAUAUUGAUAUUACAGUUGCAAUGCCCUGUUCUAACUUAGGGGCGGAUAUUUUGGACUCCACGUCACAAAGUGUUUUCGGUUUUGGUGAGUUACAAGAAGAAGAUACGUGGUUUGAAUUAACACAAGAACAGCAGGACGCUUUCGACGCUGUUAAGUAUCUGAAUUCUUAUUUGCGCGAGGAAUAUCAUUCAAUUUGGCAGUUGCUUUGGAAAAAAGGGCACGGGUCUGUAAGAGCCACAAUACCGCCAAGAAAGUCACGUCCGAAUCGACGACCUGACGCGUGUAGACUCCAUGGAGUUUUAACAUUAAAUAAAGUUGCCGGAAACUUUCAUAUAACAGCAGGAAAGAGCUUACAUUUACCGAGAGGACAUAUACAUUUGAAUAUGCUAUUUGAUGACACGCCACAGAAUUUUAGUCACAGAUUAAGUUUUGGAAAUCCAGCUAAUGGUAUAAUUUAUCCAUUAGAAGGUGAUGAAAAGAUUACAAAUGAUGAAAACAUGCUCUAUCAGUAUUUUGUAGAAGUUGUACCAACUGAUGUGGAAAUCACGUUGGAUUCUAUAAAAACAUUUCAAUACUCUGUUAAAGAACUAGAAAGACCAGUGAGCCAUAGUAAAGGCUCUCAUGGUGUUCCUGGCAUUUUCCUCAAAUACGAUAUGGCUGCGUUAAAAAUCAAAGUGUAUCAAGAAAGAGAGAAUCCUUUAAAGUUUAUUCUCCGACUUUAUUCUGUAAUUGGUGGUAUUUAUGUAUUAGGUAGUUUUAUUAACUCAGUUGUCUCUACAAUAAGGACAGCUUUUGUUAAACCAAAUGCAGUGGUAAGAAAUGAACAUUUUGAAAUGAAGAAAUAUCAAAAUCCUUUACUAGUGCCUACAGAUCUAGAAGUACCAGUAGAUUUAAUAAAACAAUGACAAAUGUAAUAACUUAAUCUAAGUAAAUAGAUUUGAAAUGUUGCUUCAAACAAUCCAUGUAAACAACCCUAAACCAUAGACAUUGAUAUAGUGUGGAAAAUUUAUCUGAGCUGGUAAAAGAUGUGCUGCUAUAAUAGA